CUGAAGCCGAGGAAUGUGAGACUGCUGUCCACUAAAAUGGGCCUGAAGGUCACGUGGGAACCACCCAAAGAUGCUGCCAGUAGACCUGUGGAGUAUUACAACAUUGCCUAUGGGAAGUCACUGAAAAGCCUUAGCUACAUCAAGGUGAAUGCGGAGACAUCCUCCUUCCUAAUCGGGGAUGUGGAGCCGGGGGUAGUGUACUUUGUGCUGGUCACUGCGGAAAAUCACAGUGGAGUGAGCCGUCCAGUUUACAGAGCCGAGAGUCCACCUGGAGGUGAAUGGAUCAAGAUUGAUGAUGGGUUUCCCAUUAAGGGUCCAGGACCAUUUAAUGAAACCGCCACAGAAAAGGAAGUGCCUAACAAGCCCUUGCGCAUGCGGGUCCGAUCUUCAGAUGACAAGCUCUCUGUCCAGUGGAAAGCCCCGCGACUAUCCGGAGCCAAGAGUCCACGAAGAUCGCGAGGUUUUCUUCUGGGCUAUGGGGAAAGUGGCCGGAGGAUGAAUUAUGUCCCACUGACAAGAGAUGAGCGAACACAUGAAAUUAAAAAGCUCGCCUCCGAGUCGGUGUAUGUGGUCUCCUUGCAGUCCAUGAAUUCCCAGGGACGGAGCCAACCAGUCUACAGGGCGGCCUUAACAAAGCGGAAAAUGGAAGAAGAGGAUGAGCUGGACGUGCCCCAAGACAUCAGCGUCCGAGUGAUGUCGUCCCAGUCCGUGCUAGUAGCCUGGCUGGACCCUGUAACAGAAAAGCAGAAGAAAGCUGUCGCAUCCAGACAGUACACAGUGCGCUACCGAGAGAAGGGCGAGUCGGCACGCUGGGAUUACAAGCAGAUGGCCCACAGGCGCGUGCUGGUGGAGAACCUGGCCCCAGACACCAUGUAUGAAUUCGCAGUCCGCAUUUCGCAGGGGGACAGAGAUGGCAAAUGGAGCACCUCGGUCUUCCAGAGAACUCCAGAAUCUGCUCCUACCACAGCUCCUGAAAACUUAAACGUCUGGCCAGUCAAUGGCAAACUGACAGCUGUCACUGCUUCUUGGGAUCUACUUCCAGAGACAGAGGGGAAAGUGAAAGAAUACAUUCUUUCAUACGCCCCGGCUCUCAAACCAUUUGGAGCAAAAUCCCUCACCUUUCCCGGAGAGACUUCUUCCGCAAUGGUGGACGGUCUACAGCCUGGGGAACGCUAUCUUUUCAAAAUCCGGGCCUCAAACAGGAGAGGACAGGGUCCUCAGUCCAAAGCCGUCAUUGUCGCCAUGCCAACAACCAGUGCCCAGGAGUCCAAGGUCGAAGAGAGAGCAGACAAGGAACAUGACUUCCAACCUGGAACACCCAAGCCUGUGUCAUCGUUUCCCAAACUCCCAGCUUCCUCGAGACACGCUCAUUUGCCUGCUUCUUCCCCGCUUCUCGACUUGAAGAACAAGAUACUGGUGAACGGUGGGGUCCCCAGAAAGCCCCAGCUCCGUCCCCCAAAGCCCGAAGACGUGGACCUUCAGUCAACGGAAGUCACCGAGGAGGAGCCCGAGCCGCGUGCAGAAACCCCCACGUCGGCCUCUGAGACCCGAGACCAAAGGCGAACUGCGAGGCCACCCUCUCAGAGGUCCUUCACCGCUGCCCUCCUUCCUGGGCGGACACCGGCUCGAGCCCAAAUGCCAACGGGUUCCCGACAAGAAGCCACGGACAAGCACGGCUCUUCCCGGGUUUCGCGCCCUGCUCCGGCGGCCUCAUCCUCCACGUCCACCUUGUCUGUCCAGCGCACCCACACGGAUGGGGAAACGGAGCCGCUGAAGCAAGGCGCCUCCAGGCACCCCAGUUCCAGGGAGCCCUCGGCCAACCUGCCAGCCAACAGCUUUGAGAAUGACCCCAUCGACGAGGAUGGGGACGGGGAGCACGGGGAAGGGCGCGCUGCCAGUGUGCCCCACCCCAAGUCGGAGACUUUGGAGAAACUGCCUUCCAGAGCAGCAGCGCACUCCCGGCCAGCCCCGCCGGCCAGCCGGCAGUCAGCGCCCAGCGCUGGACGCGAGAGAAGCCCGGUGCCCUGGGGGAGGAGGGCACCCCAUUCUGGGGGCUCGGAGGAGAAGCCCAGCGUUCCAAGCUCACCCUCCAGACUGUCCCCGCUUGGGGCUUCACCUAGGCUGCAGCCGCUGGAACCGCACGCCAGCGCUCCACUCUCGAGGGGGCCCAAGGACGGUCACCUCGUGCGGGCCACCAACCCCAAGAACGCACCAUCACAGCCUGAGCCACCUUCCCCAGCCUCUACCCGGCUCUCCUCCAGGGCACAGACCUCCCAUGCGGAUGGCGCCAGCGACAAAGACGCAGAAUACAGGGGCAGGCAGACAGAGGCCCCUGCCCCUGCGCCCCGAGCUCGGCUGCCGGCCAGCCGGCCUGCCUCUGGCCAUCUCAAUUUGUUCAGAAACAGGCCCUUUGGGGCCAACGGUCGCUAUCCGAACAGGUUUGGCAAUGGCCGAGGGAUGAGGUUCCAGCCUUCUGGAACCCAAGCCCCCAAGACUACGGUUUCCCCCCAGGUCCCCUCCAGCCACAGGCCUGACGCAGGUGGACACGGCGAUGACGGCGAGAGCCCUCCUGAGGAUGAACUGCCGCUGCCUGCCACCAUUGUCAAUGACGUCCUGCCCUCCUCCUCCUCCUCCUCCUCGUCCUCCUCCUCCUCUUCUUCCUCCAAGGUGCCUGCUUCCCGGGGACUGGACCACCUCAGGAAGGUCCUGCAGAGAGGGCCCAGCCUGCGACGAAAAGACCCCCUCUCAGAGACCCCCCAAUCCUCCAGGACUUCUCCAGCAGCGUCCGCAGAACAAGAGACUCAGCAGAGCUCCGACUCUAAGGACGACGAUGUCGCCCGGACUCAGCCGAUGGCGCCAGGCCGCCAGCCCUCCUCUCAGGCGAGGCCACAACCCCAUCCCCGACCCAGUGUCCCCAGAAGGACAGCAUCUGGCCAAGGUCUGGGCUCCCGAGCCCCCGCUCCGGAGAAGCAGGCCUGGCCGCCCCGCCCUGGGUCCCCAUACCAGCCCCGAGGUCACCAAGAGCAGGACCAGGGUUACCCGCUCUCCAAAGCCGGUCAGAAACAUCCCACAGACUCCCGGGCCUCAUCCCCUGAUCCUCAGCGCCCCAGGGUCCGCCAGCCCUGGUGGGGAGCCUCCCCGCAGAGCCCGGACUCAGAGCCCGAGAGCAGCCCGGACGAGGAUGACAGCUCGGAGGGGGCGGCCCAGGACGUGCGGGCCCCCGCGCGCUCGGCCACAGCCCAGGAGCCUGAUGCUGCCCUGAUCAAGCACCGUCAGCUCCAGCCCGGGGCCGGCCACGCCGACGAGAAGGCCCGCGGCCGCGUCCCAGCCCCCGGAGGCUGGGCCCCGCGCACCCGCGUCCCCACCCGCACCGCGCAGCCCGCGGGGGGCAAGUCGGAGCCCCCGCUUCCCACGUCCCCGAAGUCAUUGGCGUCCGCGGAGGACGAGGAGGCGGUGGACCUUCCCCGAGCCUCCCCGGACGGCACCGCCCCAGCCUCAGCCUCCAAGCGGCCCUCUGCUGUCCCCGCGGGGCAGCCACGGUCCCAGGGGCCCGCUGAGGAUCCGCGCAGGCCAGCGCUUUCUUCCCAUGCGCCCUGGGGGCGCUCCCGGCAGGAAGAGGACGCGCCCCUUCGAAGACGACCUCCUGCACAAGCCUCCCCGGCGCCUCCCCGGCCUGCCCCGCGCAGCUCUCCCAGUCCUGGGACCAGCGCCCCCGCACGCACACCGCCCCCGACACGCGCGCCACCACCCAGACACGCGGUCCCCACCCCGAUGCUGUCUCUGCGGCAGCGGAUGAUGCACUCCAGGUUCCGGAACCCUCUGCAUCGCGCGCCGAUCAGGCCCUCCUCCAGACAAGGUUAUAACGGCAGACCAAACCUAGAUGGGAAUGUUCUUCCUGGGAGUAAUGGAAGACAAAGUGGACAAAGAAUUAUCAAUGGUCCUCAAGGAACGACGUGGGUCGUGGAUCUGGCUCGUGGGUUAGUGCUGAACGCAGAAGGAAGGCACCUCCAAGACUCGAAUGGCAAUCCUCUACGGGUCAAACUAGGAGGAGACGGGAGGACUAUUGUGGAUCUGGACGGGACCCCUGUGGUGAGCCCUGAUGGCCUCCCCCUUUUUGGGCAGGGGCGACAUGGCAAACCCCUGGCCAGUGCUCCAGACAAGCCUAUUUUGAGCCUCGGAGGCAAGCCGUUGGUAGGCUUGGAGGUCAUCAGAACAACCACCCGUGCCCCAACCACAAGUGUGCAACCCACCACCACCACCACCACUGCCACCACCACUACCACCACCACCACCACCACUACUCCUCUGCCCACCACUACAACCCCACGACCCACAACCACCUCCACUCGUCGGACAACUACCUCCACUCCCAGGACAGCUACCUCCACUCGCCGGACAGCUACCGCCACCCGCCGGACAACCACUACCACCCGCCGAACGCCCACCACACGCCCACGGACUACAAUCCGGACCACCACACAGACCACUACCACCACCCCUGAGCCUACCACCUCAGUGCCCACCUGCCCCCCUGGCACUGUAGAACAGCAUGAUGAAGAUGGUAACCAGAUCAUGGAUUCUAAUGGGAUCCCUGAGUGUUACCCUGAAGAAGAUGAGGGCUCGGCUUUGGACAGUGACGGGCUGAUGCCCACUGAGGAAGCGUACGCCAUCUACGAUCAAGAUUAUGAAUUGGAGACUGCGAGCCCGCCCACCACCACCAAGCCCUCAACCACUGCAGACCUCCCCCGGGUCAUUUCACCAGAAGGGCCCAUCAGCUCUUUCCCCAAGGAAGAAUUCGAUCUGGCCGGAAAGAAACGAUUUGUUGCUCCUUAUGUGACGUAUCUAAGUAAGGAUCCCUCAUCUCCAUGCUCCCUGACGGAUGCUCUAGACCACUUCCAAGUGGAUAGCCUGGAUGAAAUCAUCCCAAAUGACCUGAGGAAGAGUGAUCUACCCCCUCAGCAUGCUCCCCGCAACAUCACCGUGGUGGCGAUGGAAGGCUGCCACUCGUUUGUCAUUAUGGACUGGGACAAAGCCACCCCAGGAGAUGUGGUAACAGGUUACCUGGUCUACAGUGCAUCCUAUGAAGACUUCAUCAGGAACAAGUGGUCCACUCAAUCUUCAUCGGUGACCCAUUUGCCCAUCGAGAACCUGAAGCCAAACACAAGGUAUUAUUUCAAAGUUCAAGCCAAAAACCCUCAUGGCUAUGGGCCUGUCAGCCCCUCUGUCUCCUUCGUUACGGAAUCAGACAACCCUCUGCUAGUCGUCAGGCCACCAGGUGGUGAGCCCAUCUGGAUCCCUUUUGCCUUCAAACAUGACCCUGGCUACACCGACUGCCACGGCCGGAAAUACGUGAAGCGGACAUGGUACAGGAAGUUUGUGGGGGUCGUCCUCUGUAACUCCUUGCGUUAUAAGAUCUACCUCAGCGAUAACCUGAAAGACACUUUCUACAGCAUUGGAGACAGCUGGGGAAGAGGUGAAGACCACUGCCAGUUUGUGGACUCACACCUUGAUGGAAGAACAGGGCCUCAGUCCUACAUAGAAGCCUUGCCUCCGAUCCAAGGCUACCAUCGCCAGUACCGCCAGGAACCUGUCAGCUUCGGUCAGAUUGGUUUUGGAACUCCCUACUACUAUGUGGGUUGGUACGAGUGUGGGGUCUCCAUCCCAGGAAAGUGGUAACCACAGGGUAAUCAUGCUGAGAGCUACCCUGAUCUGCCCCAUGGACGAACUUGCACUAGGGGCUCGGGGCAGGUGAUCUGCUCUCCUGUCUUCAGGUGGCGACACUGUACAUCCUGGUUAUCUUCCAUCUGGAACCCUUGUUUCCCUCCAUGAUCAGGACAACAAACAGGAUUCAAUCAGGACGUCUGCACCGCUUCUCCUCAGUUUUUGUUUGCGAGAACACGUCCCCAGAGACAUCAGAAAUGUCCGCUACAGGGGAUGCCACUGCUACAUUGUGAUUUUCAAUCUUUUUUGGACACAAAACUCAGACAUUCUUGUGUCUCCAGGGAACAACACGAACAUGCUAAGUUUGCCUCACAGAAAGCUAAACACAGUUUCUUUUCGCUGCACUCCUCCAAAGCUCACUGAAUGCAUGCUUCAGAUCUCUUUGUCUCAGUAGAAUGGAAUUACUAAAAAUACCACCAAUGCAACUGUAUCCCACUUGAAAUUUAUCCCAUGGACUUACCCACUGCUAGGCUAAAUGUAUCAAAUCUUAUUUGUAAAUUCUCAAUUUUGAUAUAUAAAUAUAUGUAUAUAUGCAUAUACAUAUACCUUCUUGUCUGCAAGAAUAUUAAUUAAAAUGGCUAAGUUUGUACUGGUUCAUUAGA